CUCUGUCUCUCUCGCGCUGCGCGGAAAAUUAAAAACCCUAAUUUCCUCCCCGUUUCCCCGCUCUCUCUCUCCUCCGCUCUCUUCGUGACCUUCCCAGAAGUCGAAGCCAAGACCGCCGAGGCAAUAAGGCUUCAGCAAGUCGCCCCCUCGCGCCUUCCCAUGGCGACGUCCCAGAGUGAGAGGAGCCCGUACGAGUCCUCGGGCGGCGCUGGAGGCAAGUUCAGGAAGAAACCCUACCGGAGGCACCAGGCGACGCCGUACGACCGCCCCCCGACCUCGCUCAGGAAUGCGGGCGUCGUCCCCGGCGGCGGGGGGAAUGGCUGGCUGAGGAAGAUCGUCGAUCCGGCCCAGAGGCUCAUCGCCGCCGGUGCUCAUCGGCUCUUCUCCUCCGUCUUCAGGAAACGCCUCACACAACCUCCUCCUCCACCACGGCAGCCGCCAGUUUUAUCAGAGGCAGAUCGAGAUGAAAGGGACAAGCAACAGGAGACAGUCCUUCUAGGCACCUCAAGAGAGCAAGAAGUGGCCAUCAGUGAAGUUCAGCAACCAGCUUCUACUUCUGAGGGAGGCUGUUUUACUGAGCUGGAGAAAAUUUUAAAGCAGAAAACCUUUACCAGAUCGGAGAUUGAUCAGUUGACAGCAUUACUCCAUGCUAGAACUGCUGAUAUACACGUUGCAGAUGAAGGGAGGAAGUCAGAAGAUUUACCGUUGAAGUCAAUCAAUGUGAAAGAAGAAGUAUCAGACAUUAUUGGACAAGACAAUGGCAGUGAAAACCAGCUUACCAAAACUCAUGUCCUUGACGAGGAUGUUGCAUCGCCGGCAGAGCUUGCAAAGGCCUACAUGGGCAGCAGGCCUUCAAAAGUGGCCCCGUCUAUUCCGGGAACUCGCAUUCAGACAAUCAGAGAAGAUUCGACAAUGUUUACUUACUCGCAGCAUGCUUUGAAAUCCCCAGUUAUGUCACUUGUCCCCAGGUCCUCGCCUCGUUUAGGGGCUCUUGAAAAUGGAUAUAUGACACCAAGAUCCCGUGGCAGGUCUGCAAUAUACAGCAUGGCACGGACUCCAUAUUCCAGAGUUCUCCCUACUCCUCCUCCCAAGAGUGUUGAGCCUGUAACUGAUGGCUAUAGGGGACCUUCGUCAUCACAAGCAUGGGAGCAUGGCAGAGUUUCUGGAUCUAAUGCUUUGAAACGAAGAAGUUCAAUCUUUGAGAAUGAUAUAGGCUCUGUCGGUCCCAUACGAAGAAUUCGCCAAAAACCAAAUCUUUUAUCUCAAAGGAACUGGAGUUUGCCAGUCUGUGGAGCUGGAGUUACUCAAGUUUCUGAUCACCCUUCCUCAAGUGGAAAGCUGCUUUCUUUGGGUGAAAAGAGCAACUUUACUGAUCAGUCAGUUGACAAUGAGGACAGUGAUAUUCCUGUCAGAAGCAUGGCCUCUACUUCUUCCAAGUCUAGUGUAAUGGCUUCCAAAAUACUGCAGCAACUUGAUAAAAUAGUGUCGCCACCCAAAGAGAGAGCAUCUGAUCUCAAGGUAGCCAGUGCAAGUGAAAAAUUACCUUCAAAGUUGUCUCCAUCAAAAUUAUGUGGACAGGCUCUUAAGAGUCUUGAGCAUAUUGAUUCGUCCAAAUUCCUAGAGAUUGUUCGAGAUAGCAAUAAAUUAGAUGAUUCAGCUGGAAGCUUGUUGCGUGAUGGCAGAGAGGCUAACUCGCAGAAGCCAGAUAAAGUUGAGCAGAAUGGUCCAUCCAAUCUUUCUUUUUCCAACAUUCCUGCCAUGAAUGGUUUGGAUGGUACAGUUUUGAGUAAGAAGAAAGCUGUUGUUGGCCCUGUUAAAUCUGCAGAUUCCAAUUCGACGAAUUUUCUGGCCCAUUCGGCAUCACAACAGAACCGAGCAUUCAAAAUGAGUGCACAUGAGGAUUUCUUCGAUUUGGAUGAUGAUGGUCAUUCCAAUGAGAUGCCAAGUUGCACUUUGGUUGAAGGGAGAGAGAAGCUAGAGACAGCGGUGGAUUCCAAGCAAGCUGCUGCUGAAGCGAUCAAAGUCAAGAAGUCUAUGUCUAUUUCUGAAGUAAAUCCCCCUGCACCUGUUUUGAAGGAGAAAAGUGAUGUGGGAACUAAUGAUUUGUUGAGUUCGGGCGGAAAGAGUGCCGAUCUCAUCUUUCGAAAUGUGCCUGUGGUCAGUACAGCUGUCCAAUCGGAUGUACAAGCUACUCAGACGACCUCAAAGUUUGAUAAAACUGGUUCAGAGAGUCAGUCAAAUACUGUUUCACCCGUCUUUGGUUUGGCUUCAUCUAAUGAACAGAAUGCUGUGCCUACCACAUUUGGCUUUGGCCUCAGUAAUGGAUCUGUCAUGGAAGCUAAUAAGGUUCCCCAGUUUCCUUUCACUUCUUCCUCUUCAUUUGGUGGAUCAACUCCAAAGUUUGGUAUCCCAUCCGAUGCAAACUCAGAGAGCUCAAGCAGCUUUUUAAGUGUUGCUGCUGGCUCAACUGUUCCUGCCAAAGUUCCUGAAUUCAAUAAAACUAAUGAUGAGAAAGAUUUGAAGGGUGGAGUGGUAUCUGCUACACCUGAGCCUACUUCUCUGGAAUCCGGGGCAAUAUCAUCAGCUUCAGCUGCAUUCCCAUUUGGCAUUCCUCUUGAGUCUAUUACCUCUAGCCAGUCAGUCUCAUCUAUAUCGGGGGAGUUAAAUGCCACUGUAACUCAAAAGCCAUCCAGCGGCCUCCCUUUCACUACUACUACUAAUGGCGUCAGUAUUGCCGUCCAAACGUCAAACAGUGGCACCACUGCUAGUCUAUCUAUGUCAACAUCAGCGCCCUUCUUUCCAGCUUCUUCAAUCUUCAAAUUCGGAUCCUCUGUGGUGACUUCAGAUUCGCUAGUGGCGCCUACUGCAUCCUUUCCUCUGGGAGAAGCCAAGACCAAGGUGGACACUGACUCUGGAAAUGUCACCAGCAAUUUUUUUUCGGGUCCAUCUUCUGCAAAUGCCACCACUGGAAGCGGCAUCUUCGGGUUUAGUGCACCAGCUUCUACAUCAACUGAGACAAAAAAACAGGUUUCUUCGUUAUUUGAUGCUGCCAAUGGUUCUCCACAACUGCCAGCAUCUGCCUCUGGGACUGCAGUACCAGCCUUGACUCAGAGUGCCUCAGUUCAAUCUGGAUCAUCUGCGGCAUCUUUUUCAUAUGGAUUGUCUGGGAAUACUGAAAGCUCUUUGUUUGGUUCAUCUUCUGGACCGAAACUGUUCUCUGGGGCAUCAUUUGGGAUGAGUUCUGCUUCCUCUUCAGUCGCAAAUUCUGUCAGUACGGGUAGCAGCACUUCUUCAAAUGCAUUUAGUUCUUGGCAGUCGUUGGCAUCUCCCAUAUUUGGCAGCACUUCCUCAUCAGCAUCUCAAUCGACCAGUUUUUCUUUCAGUUCACCAGCAGCUUCUAGCAGUCACAUAUUUGGAACAGCAGGUUCCACAUCUGCUUCAAGCAGCAGUCCUAUUUUUGGAGCAACCAGCGUGACAACUACUUCUAAUGGUACCCCAAUUUUCGGGACAAGCAGCAAUUUGUCUGCUUCCACUGGGGCCCCUCUUUUCGGAUCAACCAAUGCCUCAACUGUUUCCCCUCUAUUUGGAUCAACCAGUGCCUCUCCUAUUUUUGGAUCAACUGGCGCUUCAUCUGCUUCAACUUUCUCGUUCACAUCUGCUGCUUCUAGCACUCCUUCAAUGCCUCUUUUUGGGAAUUCUAAUCCUGUGCUCCCCUUUGGUUCGGUACCCUCAGGCAAUAAUGAUCAGAUGAAUGCGGAGGAUAGCAUGGCUGAGGACACAGUUGUGGCAACUACUCCCUCAGUUUCUGUGUUUGGCCAGCAACCGAUCUCACCACAACCCUCGACUUCAUUCAUGUUCAAUUCACAGUCUUCAACGGCGGCUAACCCUUACCAAUUUGGAAGUCAACAGAACUUGGCCACCCCACCGAAUCCCUCCCCAUUUCAGGCUUCUGGCAGUUUCGAUCAAGGUGGAGGGAGCUUCUCACUUGGAACCGGUGGUGACAAGUCUGGUCGUAAAAUGAUAAGAGUUAAGCAUAACAGGUCUAGGAGGAAAUAGGAGAAAUUUUGCUUCGGCGCAGCUGGUAGAUUGAUGUUCGGGACCUUGGUUAUUUGUGAUGGGUUGGCAAUGGCUGGAGAUAAUAAUUUGGUUGGAGGAACUGGAUGUUCCUUGUGAUAAGGUAACUCUUGGUCGCAGUGAUGGUCAACGAAGCCUCACCAGGUUUCGCCCUUGUUCUCUAUUUUUUUCCUUUCAAAUCUUCUCCUUAUGCAUUUUCCUUUCUUUUCUUUUCUUUUUCCUCUUUUUCUGCGACGUAAGUUGUCACAAUUUUGUAUCUGACAUUGUAGCGAAUUUGUGGACCUCUUCUUGUACUAGUAUGUGUACUAGCCUCAUGGUCGUAGGUGGAGAUUGUCUGCCCCUCCUCUUCUACUGUGCACUCCUGAUAUGUGUAACAUAAAGGAAAUCAUAUUUGUCAGCUUAAGAAAGCCGCCGGUUAGGUGGUUCGUCUCUCUU